AUCAGGUGUGACUCAGUCCAACAGACCAGUGUUUGGGCUGACACUGACAACCAUCUACUAACUAUAGCGUCUGGGCUGACACUUUCACCACCACAUAUAAAAUGAGACCAGGAGCAGUGUUGUGGUUCACGUUUCUACUUGCCGUCCACCACCUUCGAGGAGUAGCCGCCUGGCGCCUCAACUACCUCGCUUGUUACAAUGAAGACUACCUCGACUACGCCCACCUGGAGAUUUUUUUCCUUGAUCUAGAGGAGAGAUCCGCCACCGAGUGUGCCAGACACUGCCUGCAGCAGCGUCCCUCAACACAGCUGGUGAUGGCCAAGAUGAUCCAACAGAACGAGCGGCUGGUGUGUGGUUGUGGCGACGAGGCUGCUUUGGGCAACAAAACAGGCUCAGUAGACGACUUCUUCCGCUGUCAAAUUUGUCCCGAAGGUCACCAGAAGUGUGGAGGCACCGGCACCACCAGUAUCUACCAGCUGGACUACAACAACCACACAACACCCACCACAACGGAAGCACCAACAACAACCACAGACUCAACCACGAUAUCAACCACAACACCCUCAGAAGACCCCGUUGUUGUGUAUGUAGGGUGUUACAGGGAGGAGGGAAUCAACACCACAUUCAUCACGCCUCUGUACCUGCGGCGAUGGGAUGGUGACGCCCUACAGUGUUUCAGGAACUGCACUAAUGAGUACCCUCACCUGGACUACUACUUCUUAACACUAGUGAACGAGAACGAGUACUGCGCGUGUGGGAGUGAGGAGGCCUUGAGGACGUUGAAGAAAGAGGGGGCCCAGGAACAGUGUAGACAAGUAGGAGGAGAGGGCCAGCACCUCUACUUUGGGGGACUUCACUCCUACGCCGUCUACAAGAGCAGUAGUUGGGCGGUGCAUGUAACCCCCUCCUCUUUACUGCUGCUGUGUCUGUUGCGGCCCCUGCUAACGAUGUAGAGUCUGUUGCGGCCCCUGCUAACGAUGUAGAGUCUGUUGCGGCCCCUGCUA